AAGAGGGUGGAAGAGGAACAACUGACAGGCUCAAGAGCAAGUAACAGUGGGCAGUUGAAGAGACAGCCAGAGUGUGGAGAAGCCAACAGGAAUUCCAGGGAGGAGGAAAAGAAGCAGAAGUCUUGGUGUCAGUUUCCUGCCUGUGCCAAGAUGAGUGACUGGAGCUUCCUGGGAGCGUUCCUGGAGGAAGUACACAAGCACUCCACCAUAAUCGGCAAGGUCUGGCUCACUGUCCUGUUCAUAUUCCGCAUGCUCGUGUUGGGCACAGCUGCCGAGUCUUCCUGGGGAGAUGAGCAGGCUGAUUUCCAAUGUGAUACCAUUCAACCUGGCUGCGAGAAUGUUUGCUAUGACCAAGCCUUCCCCAUAUCCCACAUUCGCUACUGGGUGCUGCAGAUCAUCUUCGUCUCCACGCCAUCCCUGGUGUACAUGGGCCACGCCAUGCACACCGUGCGCAUGCAAGAGAAGCGGAGGCUACGGGAAGCCGAGAGAGCCAAAGAGAUCCACCGCCCUGGUUCUUAUGAAUACCAGGUGGCUGAGAAACCAGAGCUGUCCUGUUGGGAGGAAAUGAAUGGAAAAGUUGUCCUCCAGGGCAAUCUGCUCAACACCUAUGUCUGCACCAUCCUGAUCCGCACCACCAUGGAGGUGGCCUUCAUUGUGGGCCAGUACUUCCUCUAUGGAAUUUUCCUGAACACCCUGCACGUCUGCCGCAGAAGUCCCUGCCCCCACCCCGUCAACUGUUACGUGUCCCGGCCCACAGAGAAGAAUGUCUUCAUCGUCUUCAUGCUGGCUGUGGCCGGGCUGUCCCUCUUCCUCAGUCUGGUUGAACUCUUCCACCUGGGUUGGAAGAUCAAACAGCGAUUUAUCCAGUCGAGGCAGAGCAUGGCUAAAUGUCAACUUCCUGGCCCCUCUGGGUGCGCAGUCCAGAGCUGCACACUUCCCCCUGACUUCACUCAGUGCCUGGAGAAUGGCCCGAGGGGAAAGUUCUUUAGUCCCCUCAAGAACAAUAUGGCCUCUCAGCAGAACACAGACAACAUGGCCACUGAGCAAGUGCAAGGCCACGAGCGGAUUCCUGGGGAGGGUUUCAUCCAUAUCCACUAUGGUGAGAAGCCUGAUGUGCCCCAUGGAGUCUCGUCAGGUCACUGCCUUCCCCAUGGCUGCCACAGUGAAAAGCGUCGUCUUAGCAAGACCAGCAGCAAGGCUAGGUCAGAUGACCUAUCAGUGUGAACCUCCAACAUGGGAGAACCAGGGCCAAGUUGGAGAAAGGGGGCUCAGAGAGGGACGAUACAUCCUUUCUGAUCCCAUAUUCUCAUUCUCAUCACUGCUCUGCUCCUUUUGGGCUGUGAGUCUCAUUUGCAUUGCAUAUUAAUUCUAGAAGGUAUAACCAGUAUUCUUGAGAGUUUAGUCAUGAUGGCUGCCCAGCAGGCUAUUGUCCCCUCCUCAUCUUUUACCAGAAUACUCAGCAAAGUCUUUCAGACUAUGCGUUGAAUAGGGUAGGGAAAGGAAAGGGAACUGUGGAAAAAUUAGUCCGGAGAAGGAUAGCCAUAAGAAUAGAACACCAGCAACGUACCCGGUAAGUUCCCAAGUUCCUGUGGCUCUCUUGACCUCAUCACCCAUCCCCAGCCCCCAGGCAGAACUCAAAAUCCUCAGCCAAGAGAGAGCACCCGUCAAAUAACUUGAUUCUCCGUGCUCUUGAAUCUGUUGUUUUCUCUGUUGAGUCAUACCUUGUAGUGGUGGUGAGGUGGCCUUUGGCUGCUGUUGGCUACCCUCUACUCCACACAGUCUUAAAAGGAGAUGCUUGGAACUUGACUAGCUUCAAUUUUACAAGUGCCUUGGCAUGUAUCUCAGGCAAACGUCCCAUCUUGGUGAUGCUGCAGCCUUUCCUUCUGCCAGGAUAUACAACCAGCCCAUGAGGGCGCCAGCUCCUCCAGAGAGUCGCUGUAUGCACAAACUGCCACCACCUCUCAUCCUGUGCCUCCUGAACCGUGUCUUACAGUUCAGCCCAAUGAUAGAAGCCAUCCUUGAACUUCUUCACUUGGCUCUUCAUCUCAUGUUCCUGUAAAGACCACCUUAUCAACAGGAAUGCCCACAAAGUCACUGUCCUCUCUCAGAUCCUGAACACACCACCAGCCACUGAGAGCAGUGGAUUCCCAGGACUUAUUAAAAAAAGAACAUUGUCUUUUCAGAUUCCCUUUAGGGGAAAAAGACACUGGAAAACUAUUUUCUCCUAUUUCUUUUUUUCUUUCUUGCUUUUUUUCUUUUUGGUACCAGGGAUCAAACUCAGGUCCUUGCGCUUGUGAGGCAAGCGACGAAACCACUGAGCUAAAUCCCCGACCCUCUCCUAUUUCCCUUAUUGACUGCCAACUUAGAAUAUCAAGAGGAGGUAGGAUGACAGCUAUUGAGGUUUCCAGAUCUCUCUUUCCCUGGAGGCAUCAGCAGGGACAUGGAAGCAGUAGGGGAAUCUUAUCAAGACCCUCACUUAAAGUGCACAGAGACUUCUACAUCUCCCCAAUUCCCUUAAUGAGACUGCCAAGUAGAGGCUGCAGAAAAGCCCUGCCUUCCCUAUGGACUGGCUUGGUGUCUCUACUGAGUGGAUCCGUAAUGGGUUGGGGGGCCGCCAUUGUGAAUCAGGGAAAGGAUGCUAAGAAUUGGAUAUUGAGAAUACCAAGACAUUAUUUCAUGUAAAGGUGCGUGUGUGUGUGUGUGUGUGUGUGUGUGUGUGUGUGUGCUGGUGAAGGGGAGGGGGGAAAGGAAACUGUAGAGAACCUGUGUCUUCCAGUUGCCUGGCAGAGGGCCCAAGCCUCAUUGUCUUAGUGUUAUUCGCCUAAACAGAUAGACAUGAAAGGUUGGGACAGAGGAGGAUAAAAGUUUAAAGCAGACUCAGCUUUCCCCUACCUGCUCAUUUCUGGCUGACUCUGCAACUAUUCAGAUGCUGUCAGUGGGUAGAGGGACGGAUUUGAGAGAAGAGAUAGGAAAAGCACCGGCUGAAAGACCAUUUCGGAAAGACUGGUCAUCCCAGGUCCCUGGAGGGAACACAUUUAUUAUCUGGCACUGGCAUUAUGAUCCUCUCUUAUUCCAUCUCUGCAAUGUGUUUUGUGAGAUGAUUGUUUUUUAAUUCAAAGUUCUAUGAGAUCAGUCCUUGAUGGUAAGGUUUUCAGGAAGGAAAAAAAUGAAAUAACAUGUGUAAUCUGUCUUAAUAAAACCUGUCUCCACAUUUAUCUCUCUGUUGUGUGACUUUGAUGCUGUGACUAUAAGAGAAGCAUUACAGAUGUGGUGGGGGAGCGUGGAGCUUUGGAAUCAUACAUGCAGGUGUUAAAAUUCAGGAUGUUGAUUUAUAUCUUGUCACCAGCAAGCGACUUAAUAUCUGAGACUUUGUUUCUCAUCUGUAAUUUGGGCCUCAUAGGCUUGUUAAAUGAGAAACUGUUUAUAAAGAAUUCAAACCAGGUGUGGUGGUGCACACCUGUAAUCCCAGCACUUGGGAGGCUGAGGCAGGAGGAUCUCUGUGAGUUCAAGGC